CGCCCCUCAGCCACGGAGACACCAACCCUAAAGUGUCUUGCGGUCUCGCCCCGCCGCCAUCUGUGUAGUCGCCACCUCCCCACCGUCCCUCUCUUCCAAGUUCUUCCAAGUUUCAGUUCACCGGUGGAGAGAUAGCUUCGGCGGAAGACAGGGAAGGAGGUCAAUCUGCCGCGCACCUGCCGGAUGCGGCGAGCUGCGGUGCGCCUUGUAGUGUUCUUUGUUCAAGGGCUGGGGUUGGGACUUGGGACUCCGCGAGCUCAAAGAGAGCACCUUAUCUUCUGUUUUGUUUGUAUAGGACUAAUAUAUAAUAUUGCUUUUGGGAUAAAUUGCUAUUGUGUUGUUAGUUUAUGAGAUAAUUAGUUGAUAUGAUUUUCUGUUUUGUAUAGGACUAAUGGAGAAUAUGGAGAAUGAAUUUCGUAGGGUCUUCAAACAUGUCUCUCCAAGUGUUGUGUUAGUGGAACAAGUCGGACGGAUCGACUAUUACUGUAUUGGUUCGAUUAUUUUCAGUGAUAAAAAAAAACUUUCAUACUCACCCAGUCCUCAAUUACUUCAUCUGCUGCGAAUCUGUCUGUCCGUUUCUCCGAUGGUUUUAAACAGUCAGCAUCCCUCAUUUUAAAACAAGAUGUACAAGAAAGUGCAAGCGGACAAUGUGAAUUAUGCAUCUUGAUGACUGAUUAUCAUUCCAAUUCCAAGACGGUGGAGUUCUUUGAAGGUGAUGUUGAUCAUUCAUAUGCGGUUGCUAUCGCCCCUGAGUCAAAAUAUUCCGUACACAACAUGCCCGGUUUUAUUAUACAUAGGUCACUUGAAGCAGCAAGCGAUAGCUCUGAAAGUGUGUACAAAGGUUCUGAGGAUUAUUUCACUUUCGCAUGCCGAUAUGGAGACACAAGUCCGAACCUUGUGAGCAGAUUAAUCACAGGUCCAGUUUUUAAUCUGAAUGGGCAAGUUUUAGGGAUCGUUGUUGAUGAUAUUGAGUAUAAAUUCUGGCCCAAGAAGCCCAGGAAGGAAGAUGGUAGUCAAGAGAUUAUUCAUGAAGAUCUUUUCUAUCGCGCUGGAUAUUUCUUAAAGGUUGCUAUGCGUGUUAACAACCUUCAGCAAGACUUGAGGUCGAUGGUAAAAGACAAUGACUGGCAGAAUGGUCUGAAGAAAAUAGCUACUGAAAGAAGAGUGUAACAGCAAAAAGGAGCAUGAUUCCUGAGAUGAACAGUAAUAGUUUUUGGUCGCGAUCCCUAAACUGUUUCUGCUGUAGUUUAGUUGUCUGCUAAGUACUUUGGCUUGAAUCAGUCAUAUUUAAUCGUACUGUAAGACUUUAUUUGUCGCAAAGUGUUGGCUCUGCAGACUUUAUAUGUUUUCAUUCGUACCGAUCGGUUGUAAUUAAUUUAUCAGACUUGAGGUCUUUUGUUUGGAAAAAGUUCAUUUUUGUCUUAAUUAUCACCAAAUUCAAA